AUGUAUGAUACAGAAGAUGAUCAGUAUGAGGAAGAAGAAGUCGAAGAUAUUUCGUCUGAAUUAUGGCAAGAAGCCUGCUGGAUAGUUAUAAACGCAUAUUUCGAUGAGAAAGGUCUCGUAAGGCAGCAACUCGAUAGUUUCGAUGAAUUCAUACAAAUGUCAGUCCAACGCAUUGUUGAAGAUUCCCCUCCUAUAGAACUGCAAGCUGAAGCUCAACAUUCCUCCGGUGAAAUAGAGACACCGCCAAAAUAUCAUUUGAAAUUUGACCAAAUUUAUCUCUCUAAACCAACUCAUUGGGAAAAAGACGGAGCGCCAUCCCCUAUGAUGCCUAAUGAAGCUCGGCUACGUAAUCUAACUUACUCCGCACCGCUGUAUGUUGAUAUCACAAAAACCAUAGUUAAAGAAAACGAAGAUCCUAUUGAGACGCAACAUCAAAAAACAUUUAUUGGAAAAAUUCCAAUUAUGCUCAGGUCUACAUAUUGUUUACUGAGCAAUUUGACUGACCGUGAUUUGACUGAGUUAAAUGAAUGUCCUUUAGACCCUGGUGGUUAUUUUAUUAUCAAUGGCUCUGAGAAGGUGCUAAUUGCUCAAGAAAAAAUGGCUACAAAUACUGUGUAUGUUUUCAGUAUGCAGGGUGGUAAAUAUGCUUAUAAAACUGAGAUUAGAUCUUGCCUUGAACAUAGCUCGAGGCCUACAUCUACACUGUGGGUUAAUAUGAUGGCAAGAGGAGGACAGAGUAUUAAAAAGUCGGCAAUCGGCCAGAGGAUUGUGGCUAUUGUUCCUUAUAUCAAACAGGAAAUUCCUAUUAUGAUAGUAUUUAGAGCACUGGGUUUUGUGGCAGACAGAGAUAUCCUAGAACAUAUCAUUUAUGAUUUUGAUGACCCUGAAAUGAUGGAAAUGGUGAAGCCGUCUUUGGAUGAAGCUUUUGUUAUUCAAGAACAAAAUGUCGCUCUUAGCUUCAUUGGUGCCAGAGGAGCCCGUCCUGGUGUUACUAAAGAGAGGCGUAUCAAAUAUGCAAGAGAAAUUUUGCAAAAGGAAAUGUUGCCUCAUGUUGGUGUAUCUGAUUUUUGUGAAACAAAAAAAGCAUACUUCCUGGGUUAUAUGGUACACAGAUUACUUUUGGCUGCUUUGGGUAGAAGAGAAUUGGAUGACAGAGAUCAUUAUGGAAAUAAACGACUUGAUUUAGCUGGUCCAUUAUUAGCAUUUCUGUUCAGAGGACUCUUCAAGAAUUUGUUAAAGGAAGUAAGAAUGUACGCUCAGAAAUUCAUUGACAAAGGAAAAGAUUUUAAUCUGGAAUUGGCUAUAAAAACAAAGAUUAUUACCGAUGGUUUGAGAUAUUCCUUGGCUACUGGAAAUUGGGGUGACCAAAAGAAAGCUCAUCAGGCAAGAGCAGGAGUAUCACAGGUAUUGAACAGAUUAACCUUUGCCUCUACUUUAUCUCAUCUAAGGCGUGUAAACUCUCCGAUUGGUCGUGAUGGUAAACUAGCAAAACCGCGUCAGUUACACAAUACUUUGUGGGGAAUGAUUUGUCCUGCUGAAACACCAGAAGGAGCUGCUGUCGGUUUGGUCAAGAACUUGGCGUUAAUGGCUUACAUUUCUGUCGGAAGUCAGCCGUCUCCCAUAUUAGAGUUCUUGGAAGAGUGGUCUAUGGAAAAUUUGGAGGAAAUUGCUCCGUCAGCUAUUGCGGAUGCUACGAAAAUUUUCGUUAACGGCUGUUGGGUUGGUAUACACAGAGAUCCAGAGCAGUUAAUGGCAACAUUGCGUAAACUUAGACGUCAAAUGGACAUUAUUGUCUCAGAAGUAAGUAUGAUCCGAGACAUAAGAGACAGAGAAAUAAGAAUUUAUACUGAUGCUGGAAGAAUUUGCAGACCAUUACUUAUUGUUGAGAAUGGAUCUUUGCUACUGAAGAAAAAACAUAUUGAUCAAUUAAAAGAAAGAGAUUAUAAUAAUUACGGUUGGCAGAACUUGGUAGCCAGUGGUGUUGUUGAAUAUAUUGACACUCUGGAAGAAGAAACUGUCAUGAUUGCUAUGAAUCCUGAUGAUUUACAACAAAUAAAAGAAUAUGCUUAUUGUACUACAUACACUCAUUGUGAGAUUCACCCAGCUAUGAUAUUAGGUGUAUGUGCAUCAAUUAUUCCAUUCCCAGAUCAUAAUCAAAGUCCAAGAAAUACUUAUCAAAGUGCUAUGGGCAAACAAGCUAUGGGAGUAUAUAUCACAAACUUCCAUGUUAGAAUGGACACAUUAGCUCAUGUUCUGUUCUAUCCACAUAAACCCUUGGUUACUACCAGAUCUAUGGAAUAUCUUCGCUUUAGAGAGUUGCCAGCUGGAAUCAAUUCAAUUGUAGCCAUUUUAUGUUACACUGGAUAUAAUCAAGAAGACAGUGUCAUCUUAAACGCUUCAGCUGUAGAGAGAGGGUUCUUCAGAUCUGUGUUUUAUCGUUCUUAUAAAGACUCGGAAUCUAAGAGAAUCGGUGAUCAAGAAGAGCAAUUUGAAAAACCAACAAGACAGACGUGUCAAGGGAUGAGAAAUGCUUUGUAUGACAAAUUAGAUGAAGACGGUAUUAUUGCUCCUGGUAUAAGAGUUUCCGGAGAUGAUGUGGUGAUUGGAAAAACAAUUACAUUACCUGAAAAUGACGAUGAGUUGGAAGGCACUACGAAACGCUUCACGAAAAGAGACGCUUCGACAUUUUUACGUAACAGUGAAACAGGAAUUGUCGAUCAAGUUAUGUUAACGUUGAAUAGCGAAGGAUAUAAGUUCUGCAAAAUUAGGGUUAGAUCAGUGCGCAUUCCACAGAUUGGAGAUAAGUUCGCCUCACGGCACGGACAAAAAGGAACCUGUGGAAUCCAAUACAGGCAAGAAGACAUGCCCUUCACUUGUGAGGGGAUCACUCCAGACAUUAUUAUUAACCCACACGCUAUCCCAUCCCGUAUGACAAUUGGUCACUUGAUUGAAUGUAUUCAGGGAAAAGUAUCAUCGAACAAAGGCGAAAUAGGUGACGCAACCCCAUUCAACGACGCUGUAAACGUGCAAAAGAUUUCUUCACUCCUACAAGAAUAUGGUUAUCAUCUUAGAGGUAAUGAAGUGAUGUAUAAUGGUCACACUGGCAGAAAGAUCAAUGCCCAAGUGUUCUUGGGUCCCACGUACUAUCAACGUUUGAAGCAUAUGGUGGACGACAAAAUUCACUCUAGAGCCAGAGGACCGGUACAGAUUUUAGUUCGACAGCCCAUGGAGGGUAGGGCUCGAGACGGUGGGUUGCGUUUCGGAGAAAUGGAGCGUGAUUGUCAGAUAGCUCACGGAGCCGCUCAGUUCUUGAGAGAGCGGUUGUUCGAGGUUUCAGAUCCUUACCGCAUACACGUUUGCAAUUUCUGUGGCUUGAUAGCAAUAGCCAACCUUCGUAACAAUACAUUCGAAUGCAAGGGAUGUAAAAAUAAAACACAAAUCUCUCAAGUAAGGCUGCCUUACGCUGCUAAGUUGUUGUUCCAAGAACUUAUGUCAAUGAACAUUGCACCUAGACUUAUGGUUGUAAAUUAA